AUGGAACUUGCUGAUAAAUUGAAAAAAUUAGUUGAUUUACCAAUUAGUGAAUAUAAAAUUUUAUUUGAUAAGAUAAUUUAAAUAAGUAUUGGAUUAUUGUAAAAUAAAUUUCAAAUGAUCGAUAGAAGUUAUUAACUUAACUCUUCAUCCUAUGAUUCUUAAGUAACAUUGCCUCCAAAGAAUAAAUAAUUCUCUCCUGUUAUCACAUAACUAAUGAGGAAGGAUAAAGAGAUUGAAUUAAUGAGGGAUGAAUUAUCAUAAUAGAAUUAUUUGAUUGAUGAAUUAUCUCAAUAAAUUCAUUUCUUAGAACAAUAGCUGAGAGAUAAUGAUGGAUUUAAAGAAAAGUAUUAAUCAUUAACUGAUGAUUAAAAUUAACAAUAAAAAGAUGUUCAAAAAUUAAAAGUAUCUGUACAGACUACUACAGCAAAAGAAAUUCUAAAUUAAUUUUUAGAAUAAGAGAAAUAAGGAAAUGAUAAUGUUCAAUUUAAAUAUAUUGAAACUGCUUCAUAUUUUAAAUAAGAAUUAUAAGAGUCUAUUAACAGAGAAUUAGAAUAUAAAGAAAUGUUGGAUAUCUUUAUUAAAUAGUGUACUUAAAUGAAUGAAUAGAUUGUAUCUAAGAAUUAAUAAAUAUUGUAAUUGACUUUAGAAAAAUAGGAAGAAAUAAUCUCUUAAUUAAUCAAAAAAGAAGAUGAAUUAUUAUUUUAUAAAGAAAAAAGUAGAGUUUUCUAUGAAUUAUUAUAAUGUAAUAUGGAUAUCACUAAAUUAUAUUAAAAGUAACAUUAAGGAUUGAGAUAGGCUUUAAAAGGAUGUUGGACAAUUAAUAUAGAUUAAUCUUAAUAAAUUGAAUAAGUAAUUAAAUUAUUGGAUAAUGCAAAUUAAUAAGGAAAUUCCCUUUCAUUUAAACCAAUAUUAGAAUAAAUUAAAUAAUAAUCAUUUCAAAACUAUUCUAAUAAAAUGAUAUCUUAAUUAGAGUUAUUUAUCAAUAAGGUUUGUUAGGUGGAAGGGAAGACUGCAUUUGAUAAAGUUUAAAAGAUUAUUAUUCAAUUAGAUUAGUAUCAAUAAAUAUGUUAAAAUGUUUAAGAAGAAAAAUAAGAAAUUAUUGAAGAACUUUAAUUUUAUAAAAAUAAAUUAAUGGAACAAGAUGAUACUAUUAAAGAAUUUGAAAAAUUAUUAACUGAGAUGGAAGAUAAUUUUCAUUAAUAAUUAAAAACAUAAACUUUAUAAUUAAAUGAAAUUAAUUAAAAAAAUGAAUUAAUUGCUCAUUAUUAAUUAAUCUUAGAUGAUUAUAAAUCAUAAAUGUCUACAAAAUUAGAUUAAAAAAUAUUAAAUGAAUAAGUAGAAGAAAAUCUAAAGGAAUAAUAAUUGGAAGAAAUAUUAAAAAUAAUUACAAUGAUUCUCUAAGGUUAUAAUACAAUGACAAAUGAUUAUCAUCUCAAUAUUGAUAUAAAUGGAAUUAAUGUUAAUAAGUAUAUAAUAUUAAUAUGUAGAAAAGUACAAAUUGAUAUUAAUCCAGUUAUCCACAAUUAUAUAAAUAAAAUACAAUAAUAAGUUAAUAGUUAAUUUAUGAUAACAGGCAAAAAUUAUUAUGAAUUAACCAAUCAUAUGGUGAAUUGUUUAUAAUUAAUGAGGUAACAACUACCUCAACAUCAAUUAAAAGUAAAAGAUUAUACUAAUUAAUUUUAAGAACUUUAUGAAUAAUGCAAGUAUUGA